AUGUCUCGAUUCUUCCGCCGUGGAGGCGACGAUAGCUCCAGCGACAGCUCCAGCGACGAGGAGGAGCUCUACUCGGAUACCGAGCAGCAGGACCUCCAGCAAGACGGCUCCGACCAGGAGGAGGACUCGGACUUCCCCGACGACAGCGACGACGAUAGCAGCAGCGAUGACGAGGCACAAGGGAAAAACAGAUUCUUGAAGGAUGCCGACUCGGACAGCGAGGAUAGUGACGAUGAGGCCCGCGCAAAGGUCAGGAGUGCAAAGACCAAGUUCAUUGAUGAACUCGAGGGCUCCAUCAAACAGAUUGAAAAUGGCGAGAAGAAUGGUGACUGGACGCUCAUUUCGAACGAGUUCGACAAGCUCACUCGUCAAAUUUCGAAGAUGCCCGCCGCCAACAAGACCCCCAAGCCUUAUAUCCGUAUCCUUGCUGAGCUUGAGGACUUUAUGAACGAGUCUCUCGCCAAGCAAAAAGUUACACCCAAGAAGAUGAACGCCAUCCAGGCCCGUGCACUCAACGCCGUCAAGCAAAAGAUCAAGAAGACAAACAAGGAAUACCAGUCCCAGAUCGACUCGUAUCGCGCGGACAAGGAUGCCUUCAUGGAAUCCGAGGCUGAGGAGAUCGAGGUUCCCAAGCCCUCCAAGGCCAGGACGGUGGCGGCCGUCGAGGCUGCCCCCGAGGAGAUUGACGAUGAGGGCUUCGCCACCGUUGGCAAGGGCGGCCGCACCCUCCAGUACACACCCGAGAGCAUCUUCAAGCACCUUCGCGGUAUUAUGGAGUCGCGUGGUAAGAAGAAUACGGAUAAGGCUGAGCAAAUCACAGUCAUGGAGAAGCUUCUGGAGAUUGCCAACACUCCUUAUCAAAAGCUCCGCACACUCUUGGCUCUCGUCUCUGCCCGCUUCGAUCUCGGCUCUGGCACUGCUACUGCCAUGCCCCUCGAUCACUGGAAGUCUGCUGAGAAGGAGCUCUCUGCUCUUCUUCAGCUUCUGAGCACUGAGAAGGAAUAUAUUGUUGUCGAGCACGCCGAGGAGUGGGAUGACGAUGAGAAGCCCCCCGCGCUGGCCGACGGUGACAAGUACAUCAAGGUCCCUGGCAGCAUCGUCUCGUACGUCGAGAGACUGGAUGAUGAGCUUACCCGCUCCCUCCAGAGCAUCGACCCUCACACUCCCGAGUACAUUGAGCGCCUCCAGGAUGAGAGCUCCCUCUACAACAUCAUCUUCCGCGGUAUGCUCUACUACGAAUACCUCCGCAAGGAUACUUCCCUCGACACUCCCCAGGACAGCAUCAACCGUAUUGUCAUGCGCAGACUGGAGCACGUCUACUUUAAGCCUGCUGCCGUCAUCAAGACGUUCGAGGAGAACUGCUGGGAGGCCGUCGGCGCCAAGGUCGAGUCCGUCAUCACCUCCCGCAGCCAGUCCCAGGAUGCCAGCAACCUGGUCAAUGUCCUCUGCAACUACCUCUUCAGCCACGCCGACGGCAUUAUUCGUGCCCGUGCUAUGCUGUGCCAGGUCUACUUCCUUGCUCUGCACAACGAGUACUACAAGGCUCGCGACAUGAUGCUCAUGUCCCAUCUUCAGGAGAAUAUUCCCAACUUUGAUGUUCUCAGCCAGAUCCUCUACAACCGCACGCUCGUGCAGGUCGGCCUGUGCGCGUUCCGCAAGGGUCUCGUCUACGAUGCCCAAAACACACUUCAGGAGAUUUGCGGCAGCGGCAGACAGAAGGAGCUGCUCGCUCAGGGCGUCAUGAUUCAGCGAUACAGCCAGGUCUCUCCCGAGCAGGAGCGCCUAGAGAAGCAGCGCCAGCUGCCUUUCCACAUGCACAUCAACCUGGAACUGCUCGAGUGCGUCUACCUUACCUGCAGCAUGCUUCUGGAGAUUCCUCUGCUGGCUCAGACUGGUUCUUCUCCCGACGUCAAGAAGCGCAUCAUCAGCAAGACCUACCGCCGCAUGCUCGAGUACCACGAGCGUCAAAUCUUCACCGGUCCUCCGGAGAAUACUCGUGACCACGUCAUGCAGGCUUCCAAGGCCCUUGCCGCGGGUGAGUGGAAGAAGGCAAUUACCUUUAUCCACAGCAUCAAGAUUUGGGACUUGAUGCCUGAUGCUGAGGACAUCAAGACUAUGCUGUCCAAGCAGAUCCAAGAGGAGGGUCUGCGCACUUAUCUGUUCACAUAUGCUCCCUUUUACGACACGCUCGCUACCGAGACGCUGUCGCAAAUGUUUGAGCUCGACGACGCCAAGGUCACUGCCGUUGUCAGCAAGAUGAUUGCUCAUGAGGAGCUUGCUGCCUCGCUUGACCAGGUUACCUCGACCGUCAUCUUCCGCAAGGGCGUCGAGCUUAGCCGUCUGCAGUCCCUAGCUCUCACUCUCUCCGACAAGGCCAGCGGUCUCAUCGAGACCAACGAGCGCACGCUCGAGCACCGCACACAGGGCACAUCCAACGCCUUUGAGCGCCAAGGUGGCCGUGGUCGCGGCGGCCAUAGAGGUGGUGGCCGUGGCGGCCGCGGUGGUGCUCGCCUCGGUGGCAACACGCAGCGCCAGGCUGGAGGAACGCAGUUUACUGGCGGCGCUCUGGGAGCUGCUGUUCGCGGCUAA